AUGGUCAAGAUCAUACUCUUAUUAUUUGUCAUCGUGCUCAAUACUGUCCAAACUUCAGCACGCAUUUGUAUUUUCACAAAUAAAAUUAGAGUUCAUGUCAUUAGCAAUCUUCCUCCAAAUUCUGACUCGUUGAUCGUGCGGUGUCAAUCGAAAGACGACGAUCUUGGAUACCACACGCUUUUGCCUAACCAAGAUUUUAAUUGGUCGUUUUGCGAGCGUGUAUUUGCACACACUUUAUUCUUUUGUCAUCUGUGGUGGGGACAGAAACAAGUGUCAUUCGAUGCAUUUCGUGCAGAAAGAUUUAAAAUAUCCAAAACUUAUCAUUUUUGGAUAGCUAACCAAACUGGUAUUUUGUAUUACAGCUCUAAUAACCCCAAAGACAAUAGUUCUAUGACUAAACGCACAAUGGACAAGAUGAUAGUACCCCUAUUAUUUGUCAUCAUGCUCAAUAUCUUCCAAACUUCAGCACGCACUUGUAUUUUCACAUACAAAGUUAGAGUUCAUGUCGUUAACGAUUUCGAUCCAAAUACUACUGAGCCGUUGAUCGUGCAUUGUCAGUCCAAAGACGACAAUAUGGGAUACCACACGCUUUCCACACGCUUUCAAGAAUUUAAAUGGUCGUUUUGCGAGGCCGUAUUUGGUCACACCUUAUUCUUUUGUCAUCUGUGGUGGGGUUCGAAACAAGUCUCCUUCGAUGCUUAUCGUUCGAAAUAUUUUCNACAAUAG